AUGCGGAAGAUACCAGAGUUUGAUCAACGGUGUCUCUGCAGCAUUGGUCAGGUGGUCUGGUGGAAAUAUCGGAUUAGUAAUGCUGGGCUGCGCCAGAUGGUCUUAGGAAGAAUGAACUCUCCCGCGAUAGAUGAACCACUGAUCGUCUCCCUCAAAGAGCCCUGUACUGAGUGGAAACGACAGAGCGGUGGACGGUGUAUGACCUGGCAACCAAAUACGAAAACACUAACCAGUAAACUUGGCCGGGUGGGCAACUGCCGCCCCCCUGGAUGGGGGCCCCGGAACUCAAAGCAUCAGUGGUUAGUGACACUGGCGGAAACGGCCCAAUCAUGCAGUCAGGGGGGUGAGAUGGCUCAGUGGUUAAAGCGCAAAUUUACUGACCGGCUUGGGCAACCUGGUGGCAUCCCAGCCCUUGUGCUCCCUUGGGGUGGCAUGGUAGCUAGGCACCGAAAGGAUGUUACAGCUGAACGAGAUCAGCUGAGGAAAACAUUGAUUUGUCUUUUCAAAGUCACUACAACUUCAGGCCAACCGAUAAAUUUCUUAGCAACUGAGAGGGAAUGCGGAAAGUUAUUGAAGUCUGAAAACUAUUUGUGUCCGGUUAUAAGCUCACUUGUCAAACUUCAAAUUCAUACCAUUCUCGUGAAGGAAACUACUCACAAGGUUGCUGAAAACUCUGCGACAGCCCACGACCGGUUUCGCCCUUCUUGGGGCUCAUCAGGUAAGCGCAGUCCCCGAGUUUCCGUCAACAUUAUGUUCUACAUUAUACUGUGGGACAGGAGGGUGAAACUCUCAUUUGCACCUUGUCUUUUUAAAAACCGAAUAUCCGUCUCAUUCUUGAACCCGUUUCCUUACACUUGCCUGGAUAUUUAUCGGCUGUCACGCAAUUGUAAAGGAAUGCUACAAAGCAGUUUCACAAAUUCCACAGCCCACGACCGCUUUCGCCCUUCUUGGGGCUCAUCAGGUGGGCGCAAUGCCCUAGUUUCCGUCAACCUUAUGUUCCACUUGAAACCAAAUUACACGAAAUUAGAGAAAUAUACUCAUUUGCAAACAAAUGUGGUUUUGCGAGAGAAUCAACUGGAAGGGAACCCAGCUGAAUCUCUUGUUUAUGAUGCAUUUAAGCAACCGAAUUUGCUGCACCAGGCCGUCUCAAGCUUUAAUUGGUACGAUAAAAGCGAUAUUGGAACACCUUCUAGAGACCGACUGAAACAUGAGGCGGCCUGGUGCAGCACAUUCCGUUGCCUGAGAGCAUCACAAACGAGAGAUUCAGCUGGGUUCCAGCUUGGAGACUCGACUGGACAAGCAGCCAGUAACAGUUCCAAACGUCGGAUUUCAUUGUGA